AUGAAAGAAAAACAAGCCACAGUAGACCGGGACAAUAAUGUCAUUAAAAGAAACAACGACGCAUACCAAGGGGAUGAUACAGAAAGAACUCCUCUUUUGAGUAAAAGUGACCGGCGCGUUCAGCUGUCCAAAUGGGAGCCUCUCUCACAGCUGAUUGUUCUUGCAUCCGUGUAUAUGUUGGGGUACUCCCCGUUCUUCACGUUAUUGAAUCUAGAGAGAAUACUGUAUCCGGAGAUAGGCGUUUUUGCUUUAAUGUGCAAUUAUGGAGGGUCCAUUUGUUCUUUAGUGACUGCACCUGUGAUUGCCAAACAUCUUGGGGCAAAGGGAUCUGUUCUUCUAGGCUGGGUUUGCCAAGCAGUAUUCAUUGCGGCACAUUUCUAUAUGGUGCCGUAUAUCAUUCUGCCGGUUGCGUUUUUGGUGGGAAUAGGACACGCUCAGGCUUGGAUAACCAACGCUGUCUUUGUUACCGCGCUGGGUCUUCAGUACUCUGAAAUCACCGGCCGUCCUCAAGGUGAAGUCAUGGGCAUGUUUCAGGGAAUAUUCUUCACAAUCUUUCAAUUUAGUGGCAUCUGGGGCAAUCUUGUCUCCGCUCUUGUGUUGAACAGCCCAGUAGACGACACAACUGGUAAUGAGAGCACCUCUCAUGCGCAAGGCGGGAACUUGAGCGCGCUUUGUGGAAGUAAUUUCUGUCCCUGGGAGGAUACAUCCGGGACUUACAUCACCCAACCGGAACAGUACGUGAUUUAUAUCAUUCUAGGGUGUUUCUUAGGAUUGUUGAGUUUGGCUUUUGUUAUUACACUUUUAUUUUUGAAGGACGUCAAAUCGACGACAGGGGAUUCCCUCCAUAGCGUGAAAGAUUUUCUGGUGACUGUUUGGCGACUGGUCUUUAGAAAGAAGAUGGGUCUUAUUCUGCCAGCAUUUAUGGUCGUUGGAAUCGGGCAGACCCUCGUCCUUACAGAGUUUAUAACAGCGUUUACAAGCUGUGAAAUUGGUAUAGAAUAUAACGGUUGGUCGGCCAUGCUCUACAGCGGAGGCCUGGUGGUUGGCUCGGCCUUGACUUCUCGCCUCGUGAAGCACGUGGGCUGGGUCACCAUGUUUAUACUCGCCGCCUGCUGUAACUCUGCAUGUAUGGCUAGCAUGCUGUUAUAUCAGUCGUCAGGUUUUGAUUCACUGGAGUUCUACUUUCUGAUACCUGUGGUCUCUGCACUGGGAGACUCCAUGUGGAUGGCAACCGCUUCUGGUAAGAGACUUUAA